AUGGUCUCACACUCGAGAGUCGCUAUUGUUGGUGCUGGUGCCGUCGGUGCAUCACUCGCCUAUGCAUUGAUGUUUAAAAAUAUUUGUUCCGAAAUCUUGAUCGUUGACGUUAGCCCUGAUAUUGUGAAAGCUCAAGUCCUGGAUUUAGCUGAUGCUGCUAGCGUCAGUCAUACUCGUAUUCGUGGUGCUUCUCCUGAAGAAGCUGGUCAAGCUGAUAUUAUUGUGAUUACUGCUGGUGCUAAGCAAAGAGAUGGCGAGCCUCGUACCAAGCUUAUUGAACGCAAUUAUCGUGUGCUUAAAAAUGUCAUUGGUAGUAUGCAGCCCAUCAGACAAGACGCUGUCAUUCUAAUGGUAUCAAAUCCUGUGGAUAUCUUGACUCACAUUGCUCGUAAGCUCUCUGGUUUGCCUGCUAGUCAGGUGAUUGGUUCGGGUACUUACCUGGAUACAACUCGUCUCUGUGUUCAUCUUGGUGAAAUUUUCGAUGUCAAUCCACAAUCUAUCAACGCCUAUGUUCUUGGUGAACACGGUGAUUCUCAAAUGAUUGCUUGGAGUGCUGCUACUAUCGGUGGUCAACCAUUGGCAUCAUUCCCAGAAUAUCAGGAAAUUGACAAAAAGGCAGUGUCCAAGGUUGUGUCUGGUAAGGCAAUGGAAAUCAUUCGUUUAAAGGGUGCUACUUUCUAUGGUAUUGGUGCAUGUGCUGCUGAUUUAGUGCACACGAUCAUUUUGAACAAGAAGGUGGUUCAUCCAGUCUCUGUCUACGUCGAGAAGUAUGGCGUUACGCUCUCUAUGCCAGCCAAGAUUGGAUGGGAAGGUAUUCAACAUGUGUUCGAUGUGCCCCUCAGUAAAGAAGAAGAAGAAAGACUACAGGCAUCGGCUGAGGCUCUCCGCGAAAUUGAGCAACUCUACUAA